CUCCGGGGACGCCAUGUUGUUUGAUUGCAUUUGAUCACUCUUUCAUUUACCUAACUACUUGGGGUAUUUUCUUUGGUUCAAGAUGGGGAGGCGGUCGAUUUCAACGACAAAGAGUGGGAAGUUUAUGAACCCCACUGAUCAAGCAAGGAAAGAAGCAAGAAAAAGAGAGUUGAAGAAGAAUAAGAAGCAGCGGAAGAUGGUACGGGAAGCUGUGUUAAAAUCCAAGGACCCUCAAAGGAUAUUAGAAGAAAUUGAGAAAAUUGAAACCAUGGAAAUUGAUGCUGGGCCGGUCCCACUUCCCAAUGACAAGGCACUCAAAGAGAAGAAAAGAAAGCUCAAGGAAACACUGGACAGAAUGCUUAAACUAUAUGAGAAAGAUGAUCCAUCUCAUUCAGGACAAAUGAGACAAUUGAUUGCUGAUAGUGAGAGGAAGCGGUUACAAGCUCAAUUGUCUGCUCAUGAAAUACGACAAAAAGUUCUAGCAGAGGAAGCAAGAAUACCUCCAGACAUCCCUCUACCACCAAACAUCCCUCUUCCCCAUGCAGGAAUGUUAAUGCCAAGUGACAUCCCUCUUCCUGGUCCAUUACCUGGACAACUGCCCCUUCCUCCAGGUUUGAUCCCCCCAGGUCCUCCUCCCGGGCCUCCACCAAAACGCUCCACUGGAAUAAUUCCUCCUGGUCCCCCACCAGGACCCCCACCAGGUAUGCCACCCAUGAGUGCUCCCCCACCCCUCCCCCCUGGAGUAGCACCUGAAGAUAUGGAAAGUGGUCCAUAUGACGAUGAUGACAGUGAAGAGAGCACCAGUGAAUCAGGUGGUGAGGAAGAAGAGUAUGACCCUGCAGUUCCACUCGGAAGAUUGGAGGGAGAUGCUGGAGAUGGCCAACCACUUGGAGACAGAAGAAACAGCAGAGAUGAUGACAUGGAUGACAGUGAAGGAGAUAAAGAAAUGGGAGAGCGUCAGAGAACUGUGAGGUUUGCAGAUGAAGUUGAAAAUAGUGGAGGUGAGAGCCAGUCCUCAAAAACUGCUGGUACCACUUCAAUACAGGAUUUUCUUCUUAAAAUGGCAGGCCAACCUCUUCCUGAUAAACCACAUGAAGCAGGUAAUGAAGGAGAUCAAUCCAGAAAACCUAUGGCACAAACAGGUCAACCCCAACCACCGGGGCCACCUCCUGGCCCACCUCCUGGACAACUCCCCCUACCGGGAAGUCAGCAGCCUGGAGGUCUACCAAUUCAGCCAAACUUUCAGAUCCGAGCCCCGCCCCCAAGAAUGUUUCCACCAGGCCCACCACCUGGUAGACCCCCAGGCCCUCCUCCAGGGAUGCCUGGCAUGGUCCCUCCUGGUCCACCCCCAGGGUUACCACCCAACAUGAUGGCACAUGCUAUGGCAAGAGGACCCAGGCCCCUUAUGCAACAGCCAAUGCCAAUGCCACCUGUGAGACCUGGCCUGCCAAGACCUCCUGGCCCUCCCCCUGGUAUGAUGCCCCCUCCUCCACAUGGCGCAGUUUUAUCUGCACCCCCAACGUUUAUAAGCAAACCUCCCAUGGCCAAUCCAGGUGGAGAAGUUGGAAAAGGCGCAACGAUCAGCAAAGAAGCAACAGCAACAAUUAGUGCUAAGCCUCAACUGAGGAACACUCAGGCGGAACUAACAAAACUAGUACCUACUGCUUUACGAGUCAAACGAGAGCAACCGAAGAGUAAAGCAAAACUUCGGCCACCAGGAGCUGUCCCAGAGACUGUUGAGAGUAUACCGCAACAAGUUUCGCAACCAAAGGUUGCUGAAACUGGCACUAAAGACGAUGCGUAUGCGCUUUUUAUGAAAGAAAUGCAAGGACUUUUGUAAAUGUACCGAGUUUUUAGUUUGCGUUCCAUCGAUGUAGCCUUUUGCAAAGAGUCGUGCCCCAUUCAUCAUAUGUAUAAAAUGCACGCUAAAGGUGUGGUUUUGUUUUUCUAUCACCGAUUAGGGACUACCAGAUAACAUGAAUAUUUAUAGAAGUUUUUUUGUCGCUCUUCUCGCCAUUUACAAUUUAAGUUUUUUCUUCUUUGCUCAAUAACUAGCGUCAUACUCCAAAACUGAAAGGUAUGCAUUGGACCCGGGAACCCUCGAGAUUGGAAAACCUUUGACUUGGGGGGUAUCCCAUAAUAAGGAGACGAAGAUGCAAAGGCGGAGACACUUUUCAGUUGGAACCAAAUGGAACCACAAUGGGGCCUAAGAAAAAGGUCCCAUUGUGUCGUGAAAAUUAUUACUGUUCGCAUUACUUCUCGAUGCCCCAGACUAUAACAGCCACAAAUACUUACAUCCUUUUAAUCUAUCCACCAUGGAGAUACGCAAGAGACAAACAAUCUUAGUUUAUCGCUACCUUUGCACUCUAUGAUUCUCUAGAUACACUUAUUUUACAAAUCAAAUGCUUUCCUAAAGCACUGGGGAUGCUUUGAAAUUCUAACAUCCAAACGUUAAGACCAAGUAUGAUUUGAGUCGCGUCCUAAAAAAGUGGCUAUCCUCUUUUCUCUAUUCAUCAAGAAAAUAAAAAUUUAAAAAUAACACGAAAUCUUUCGACUAAGGUCAGUUGUUGUGCAAACUGUUCGUUAGCGAUACUGGACAAUAACAUAUCGACUGGCUCUAUGGAAUAUUAAGAGUCUCCUGAUUAAAUUUUAAGAGACCAGGUACAGGUUUGUCACUUGGGCUAAGACAAUUACUUUUGUCACCGAUUAACUACUGCACAGAAAAAAGCUACUGCUAACUAAGCGAGUCCUCUUCCCGAUCAAAACAUCCUCGUAAACGUUGAAUUGUAGUACCACUACAGUCGAAUUAGAUUAAAUAUACAUACCAAUAAGUUUUUUACAGGAAAUCGAACCUCAACAAUAUGAACAAAGUUCUGUCAAACUGUAACUCUAAUGCUAUUAAACUUUGUAAUCCUUGUUACUGUAAA